AUGAACCUCGAGUUUACGGCACCAAAGUGGAAUUUGGAAGAGCUACCAAAGUUCCAAAAGUGCUUUUAUCAAGAGCAUCCUAUGUCCGCAUCUCGUCCUGAGUCGGAGGUUACAGCCUUCCGCAUGUUGCAUAAAAUGACUCUGUCCGGAACCAACAUUCCGCGGCCAGUUUUGUCUUUCGAGGAGCUUGCCCUCCCCGACUACGUAACUAAUGUAAUCAUGCGAAAUGGCUGGCAGAGUCCAACUCCCAUCCAAGCUCAGGGCCUUCCAAUGGCUAUGGCAGGGCGAGAUGUUGUGGGAAUCGCACAAACUGGCUCAGGAAAGACAGCAUCUUUUAUUAUCCCAGCUAUGGUUCACAUAGCUGCUCAGCCCCGUCUUCUUCGUGGAGAUGGUCCCAUCUGCCUAGUGUUGGUUCCUACCCGGGAAUUAGCUCAACAGGUGCUCGCAGUUGCCCAGGAAUUUACUUCGGCCGCAGGCAUGCGCACCAUGUGCUUUUACGGUGGUUCUCCGCGUGGACCUCAAAUUCGCGAACUUCAAAGAGGUGCAGAAAUCUGCAUUGCUACACCCGGGCGGUUAAUCGACUUCAUUCGUUCGGAAAGAAACUUGAUGGGUCGCGUCACCUACCUGGUGCUUGACGAAGCCGAUCGCAUGCUAGAUAUGGGUUUUGAACCUCAGAUCCGGAAGAUAGUAGCACACAUCCGACCCGACCGACAAACGUUAAUGUGGUCCGCCACUUGGCCCCGUGAAGUGCAAACGCUGGCGCGCGACUUCCUCAAAAAUUACAUACAAGUCAACAUCGGUUCAGUUGCCCUUCACGCGAACCCGAAUAUAACUCAAAUUGUGGAGGUCGUAGAUGAAUGGAACAAAGAGCAACGGCUAAUUGAGUUGCUUACAAUGUUCGGCAGAUCUCGCUGCCUAGUGUUCGUAGAAACCAAACGGAAGACCGAUCAGAUAACCUACACCCUCCGACGUCGAGGAUUUGCUGUUGGAGCUAUGCACGGUGACAAGCAACAAAGAGAUCGAGAAAUGACUUUGAGCAGUUUUAGAGAUGGAAGAAUUAACGUACUCGUGGCCACUGACGUUGCAUCGCGUGGACUCGACAUUGAUGACAUCCAGUAUGUUAUCAAUGUAGAUUUUCCCAAUCAAACAGAAGAUUACAUUCAUCGUAUCGGCCGAACAGCGAGAAGUGACAAAAAGGGCACGGCAUUUACCUUCUUUACAUCCAAGAAUAUGAAGCAAGCUCGCGAUCUCAUUGACAUCUUGGAGGAAGCCAAUCAGGAAGUAAAUCCAGAGCUCUAUAACAUGUCGGGCCUCAGCGCCGCCUCACGAAAACCCAGCUUCAGAGGCAGGAAAAGUAAGCGAAUGGUGUUAGGUAAAUGA